AUGAGUGCUCGUGGAAAAUCCCGAAUUUUACUCUUUUCAACGUAUUUGUUGAGUUUUGUCGGUAUUGUAUUAUCCUUAUAUGCUUAUUAUGUGGAGACAUCUGCAGAAAAGGACAAGUCAUUCAAGGCCAUGUGUGAUUUCAGCGAAAGUGUCAGCUGUUCUAAAGUGUUCACGUCCAGGUAUGGGAGAGGCUUUGGACUUCUCCAGUAUAUUGUAGGACAUGAGAGUCCCCUGAACCAACCCAACAGUGUUUUUGGUGUGAUGUUCUACCUCAUACAGAUUGUCUGUGCCUCGAGUGUCCUGCCUUUGCUGACGAAUAUACAAGUUGUAACAGGUGUGAUGGCAAACUUUGGUUCAGUCUACCUCGCCUACAUUCUCUACUUUAUCCUGGACGACUUCUGUGUCGUUUGUGUUUCUACAUACAUCGUCAAUGCUUUCAUAUUAUGGUGUGCAGUGAUGAAAUGGAAAGCAUACAGCUCAACACAAAAAUCAAAGAAAAAGUCCAAACAGAGCUAGUGAUGGUCGACAAUCAAAAACAACAGACAAGGAAUCAAGCUCAUAACAUUUGUUAGUAUGACUGUGUGAUUUACAGCUCAUGAAAAGCCUAUACAUUUGGUUUUAGCCUUCUUUGGCUCCAAUCCAUAAAACUACAAAACCCCACAUUAAACCCUCAGAUAACAUUAUUUUUAUGAAGUACUUUGCUGAUACCUUUGUAAUGAUAUUUUAUUGGAUAUUUCAGUAACAAUGGAAAUCACCUAAUGUUAGCUUAAGUGAAAGAAAUGUGAAUAAUUUACUAAUUCUAUCUAGUUUUUCACUCAACAACUAUAGAAUGUGUUUGUGAAUGAAUUUAUAUUUCCCCUAAAGUUGUGAUGGGAUUGCCUACAUAUUCUCAUAUGAUGUUAAUUUCAUUUUAGGUUGCACUUUUAUCUUUCUCAGAUAAAAGCUAUGCAAACAUUUGACAAAAUUUACUGUAUUUUUCUACUUUUUCUGCAGAUUUGAAUUUUAAUGAAAUAGUCCAUUUAUUGCUUGACCUAUUUCUGGAGUGAUCAUUUUACAUUAUCUAUUUUGGCUGUCUCCUCUAAAGAAUUCAUGUUAAAGAAUAAAAUUGGUAAUCUCAUUAUGAAUGGAUUUAACUCGUAGUUAAGCUUUUUUCGCAGAAUAAUUCAAACCAAGGUCUUAACCAUAAUUAACUCAUUACAAUUACAAAAAUGAUAAUUUCUAAUACAAAUAUAUGAAGUUUGAGUGUAUAAAAAGGAUUUGAGAUGUUCACAUUAUUCUGAUUCUCAUUAAUGUGAGCACCUUGAGCCCAGGAAAUGUUAUUACAUUUAAAUUUGAUAUAAAUGUUCUAGAAAGGAUUUUUAUUGUAAAACAAGUUAAAGCUUUGUUUGCUUAAGACAUAUUAUUUAAUUAAGUAAAGACACUAAACAUUUUCUUUAUCAGGAGGGAAAUUUAAUAGUUUAAAGAGGUAAGGACACUGUAUGAAUAUUUUCUUUAUCAGGAUAAUAGUUUUAAAGGGAUAUUUUAAGAAACGUUUUCAAAUACAAAUGUGUUAGUUGCUUGUAGUGGUGAGUUGCUGGAUGCAAUUUUUGUCCUGUCACAAAUAUUAAAAAUCAUAGGAAAAUAUGACCAUAAGUGUUGAAUGAGAUGAUAAGGUCAGUAUAAAUAUUGUGAUACUCAUUGUGAUUAGUUGAUGAUAUUACCAAGUAUUGAUAUAUAUUGCAUGGAAUGCAAGUAUUUAUUGGUAUGCAAUAACAGAAUUGAAAAAAUCGAAUAUUUAUAGAACAGACUGUUUUUCAAGUACACCAUGUGUGAUGACUGAAUUCUGGCUUUCUUUCACAUUGUGAACAAUUGAGAUUAUGUCUUAAUUAUUAAGUUAAUUAUUAUAUAUACCUAAAAUUAGGUUGUAGUAAAAACAGCUGUUUAUAAUUUCAUGAUUAGAACCUAUUUUAUUAUGGGAUUUUUGGUAGUUUCUUCGAUUUUCAUUAUUUUUUGCUUUCUUAUUUUGCUCUUUUUCUAAUAAUUUUUAUUUAUCUUUUCAUUCAUCAUUUUAUUUUUGUCAGGGCCUUACUUAAAAUUCCAUAGCAAUCCUUGAUGUAGUGACAGAGGAUUUAAAACACUGAAGUGGUCAGAAAAUUCUCACAAUGAUCAGAAAUGGCAAAUAUACUGUAUGCUGGUACCAGUGACUCAAAGCCUGGAUAGGGUUUACCAGUGGUUAGUGAGAAGUUUUCAUUGGUGCCAAUGGAAUGACAAGACUUUAAAAGCAAAAUUGCUAGUCAAUUAAUAUCAGUCUGACCUGUCUCAACAAAUAUACACCUGUGAAAUGAUGAAUGAAUGUUCCCAAUUUCUAUAGUAAUUCCUAUUUGAUUGCUUUCACUGUCCAUUGGUCAUCUCUAGGCAAACUUUGACCAACUGGAGUUUGAUGACCAUGGAUGUUUUAUUUUGCGUUUUACUCUAUCCCUGUCUAGAAUGUAUUGUUUCCAACACGAAAAAGUAAAUGUGCUGCUAUUAAUCAAAUGAGCCUAAAUACAGUUAGGUUUGUACAUUUUAUGUAGUGCACAUAUAAUAAGUUUAUUUAUACAAUCAACUUUCUUUUGAGUUUUUUAAAGUGUAACAAAUUCUAAGUCUUUAUACUUCUGAAUGAAUUUUUCUAUUCAUGCCAUUUUCAAAAGAAAUGAUAUUUCAAACCCACCGAAAAACCAAGGCAUUGUCGUCCAAGUACAGUCUAUGAUAAGACAGCAAUUUAACAUAAUGAGUUAAUGUGGUGCCAAUAAUGUUUCAUUGGUAUUUACAGAAGAUGAAGAGACAUGCACCAUUGACAUAGUUUUUUGUAAUUUUAAAGCAUCUCUUUACAACUUUGUCCCAUAUUUAUGAACAAAUGAAAGUCCCUUUAUAGUUUAAUGUUAUGAUGAAAGAUACUUAGUCUGCAUGUUAGAGUUUUACAUUCGUCAAUGAUUAUGUAGACAUGUCAGUAAAUAUUAUGUAAACAUAAUUGUAAGAUAAUGUACAUUCCUACUGUGGAAAUUUGUUUACCUCUAAUCUUUACUAUUAAUAAUGAUGUGCCGUUGGAGUCUUACUCGAAUCUCAAUUAAAUGAUGCCAUUCUUGUCAUUCAUUGGUGAAUGCCUUUUGUACAAAUUGGUUGAAAAGGUUGUACAUGAGUUUCCAUUUCAUGUCAGUUAUGAAACAAAUCUUUAUGUAAUUGACUUUUUGUAAAAAUCUAUAACAUGAAAUGAAAACGAAUUUUAUAUCUGUUUUUUAUCACAAUUUUUAGUUUAAAAAAAAGACUCAUAGUUCACAGAUUGGCAUGAGGAUGUAUAAUUUUAUUUCUUAUUUUUUUCUCUCUAUCAAUUAAUUAAAACAAGUACCAUAAUGGUAAAUCUUACAGUGUCUUUUAAACCUGUACAAUGUUUAACAUACUGUAAAUUUGCAAGCUGUACAAAAAAUUUCAAACAAUUCGUGUGAAUCUGAAUACUUGAGGUGAACGAUUUAUGUGUUUUUUUGAGAGACAUAUCAGUUUUAAUUGACCAAGACAAAGCUUGAAUAUAAUUCAGAAUAGUUAUAUGUACUUUUUUUGUAUAAUCAUAAUAUUUAUACAGUAUUACACUAGGAGUGGAACGUUUAACGUUGAAUUAAACUAACUAACAAUUAUAUGAUUAAACAUGCAGAGAAUCUUGACAUAUUGAGACUUUAUAUAAUAAUAACAGUAUUUGUGGUUACACAAAACUUCUUGUAAAUGGGAUCGCAGUUUAAACCAUCCCUAAUAAAGUAUUUAUUAGAAAUGUCAUUUUUGUGAGAGAUUCAAUGCCAUGGGAUCGCGAAAUAUCACUUAUUAUUAGUCAAUGGAAGAUGAUCCAUCAAUCAAACAGCAUUAUUCAGGGACGUAUAUAUACCCUAACGUUAUACGUCCAUGAAAUAAAAAUUAAUGUUUAUUUGUCACUGCAAUUACAUGUGUAUGAUUUAAUGAUAUUAUUUCAUUAGAGGAUUCAUCUACAGACCAUACUGGGUUUGGUUUGUAAAGUGCCUUUAAUUCUUCAGCAUUAGCUGAAAAAUGGUUUUAUUUUCAUCCAUUUAACAGCUCACAAAGUGACUAGAAGAUGUGUAUGAGAUAACCGUUUAACCAUGUACGUGCAUAUAGAUUCCUUAAUAUUUAUUUUUGUUAAAAUUCACAUUUUGUUUUCAGAACUUCUUCCUUUUUGUUUUAUAUUUUACUGACAUACUUGGUGUGGCUCUAAUAUUUCACUUUUUUGUGCUUUGUUACAAUCCUUAGGUCCUCGCUUCACUUAUUGAAGAUAUAUGUUAUCAAGUAGUAACAUUCGGCUGUCAAAGAUAGUUUUGUUAAUUUUUGUUUGUUUUGGUAGUAUAUUCCUUGAAAUCAUCGAUAUACAGAAUCAUUAUGAUGCAUGGGUUUAUUGAACCUCUCUUUCUAAUAAAUUUAGGAUUUCCUAUUUGAGUCUUUCCUUUUCCCAUUUUUGUGUAACAGCAAUAAAUUCAUUUGUACAAGAACAUAAGUAAAAUUCCCCUAACCCGCACAGAAACAAUUGUUAACUUCUAUAAAGAUUGCAUAUAUGUUAAAUUAUAAUUGCAGAUCAUACACAUAAUCUGGUCGCUGUAUUCUUGAUUAUUUUCAAAUUCCAUUUCAAUUAAACAUUGUUGAAUUAUA